AUGUUUAAAAUUAACACUAAAUUAAUUUUAUUAUUUUUAUUUCCUUUAUUAGUCUCCUCAAAAUUGCUAGACGGAUUAUUAGAUUUGUCUAUAGUUGAGAAACUUGUAGACGAAAUUAAUGGAUUGACUGGGGGGAUAUGGACAGCAGAAGUAAAUGAAUUAACUAGAUUGCCUUUAAUAGAGCAGAAGAAGCUUUGUGGGACAAUUAUACCCGAGGAGAAUAAAAACCACACACAGGCAGAACCUCCAAAAGUUGAGGGAACGGUAAAGGGAAGUUGUUCUACCAAAAUUGAAUUUGAUGCUAGAAAUAAAUGGUCGGGCUGUUCAGCAAUUAUAGGACAUAUUCAAGACCAGAAUCCAUGUGCAAGUUGUUGGGCUGUAUCUACCGCCUCUGCUUAUACAGACCGUUAUUGUAUUGCUAGACUCAAAAAAGGUCAAACAACCUCUGCAACAGAUGCAGGCUCUCAAUUUUCUGCUCUAGAUAUAUUAUCUUGUUCAAUAAGUGGAGAUGGGUGCAACGGCGGCUGGCCUUUAAGUGCAUGGAACUGGAUAAAAAGCAAAGGAGUAUGCACAGGAACAGACUAUAAAACGAAAAGCGGGUGUAAACCAUAUCCAUAUACACCCGGUAAACCAGCAACUAGGUUACAAUGUAAAUCUUCAUGUACAGCAAACUGGAGGACAACAUAUCCAAAAGAUAAACAUUUUGCAACAAAUGUUGGAGGUCUUCAAGGAAGUACAGCAACUGUUCAAGCUAUUAAAAACGAGAUAAUGGCAAAUGGCCCAGUCGUUGCUUCUAUGAUGGUUUAUAGUGAUUUUAUGGCAUACAAAUCUGGAGUCUAUUUUAGGACUGCAAAUGCCCAGAAAAGGGACGGGCACGCUGUUAAAAUAAUUGGUUGGGGUACUCAGACUUGUAAUGGACAGAAUAUACCUUUCUGGUUAAUUGCAAAUUCAUGGAGCACUGCCUGGGGAGAAAAAGGACUUUUCAAGAUUAGAAGUGGAGUGAAUGAAGUUGGAAUAGAAAAAACUGGAAUUUCAUUUGGGAUUCCAAAAAUGUAA